AUGUUCUCGAGAAGUAAAGCAGGGCUCAAUCCUGAGGCACAGAAAGUGGUGACGCAACUUUCGGUUAUGUCAGCAGGUAGAAAAAUGCCCAAGAUGCUGAAGCUUUGCAAUGAAGAUUAUAUCAAGCAUAAGACUAUAAUGAAAGCUUGGUCUGUGAAAAGAAAGCAGGAAAAGGAGGCAGAAGAAAGAUCAAUUAAGAAACAGUACAGAAGUAUUAGAGAAGCAUUUGAAGACUUGAAGCUGGCUAGUCCUAAGCUCUUUGAAAAAGCCAAUGAACAUGAAUACGGAAAGCGGUUUCCCUUAGAGAUGAGAAUACCCACAGAGUAUCCCCCAAGACAGAUAUGGUACUACGAUUAUGUGCCACGGAAGAGAAACGAUUAG